CAUAACCGACCUUUCUUUUUCUUUAGAAUUUAGCUAAUGUACCUAACCUAAAGUACCUCUUCUAUCAACACCUUUUCCAAUACAAUUGGAAAAGAUAAACAAGAUAAUAAUAUACCUGGUAUCUUGUUAUAAGAUACGGUUACCCGAUUUUACAUGUACAUUCCCCCGGGAGUAAAUCAGCCCUUAGGUUGACAUCAACUCGUCAUUCCGGCAUAUGUUCUCGCGACCCAGGGGCAGAGCCUGUCAUGAAACCAGAAUCCGGGGAAAUACCCCUCGUCGGAUAGUAGCGCACCCACAUACGUACCUAACCUAAGGUACUGUACCUACUCAAACAAGACGGACUGCCGGCUUACCACCUGUGGUUAGUUGGGGAGACGGACCGUGUCCGCUUUGUGGGGUAGUAUGGGGGUGAUAAUGCGGAGAUGAAUCGGCUACUACACUCCUACACUCCUUAUCACAAUGGAAUGCGGAGGUCGUCGUGGAGUAACUCUGAAUGGCCGCUCGCAUGGCCUUAUAAAGUGAGCUUGGCUUGACAACUUGAUAGCCAGAGAAAAUGGAAAAGAUCGAGGCGCAACACCUCGAGGGUAACGUAGAAGAGGGAAAAGAAGCCAGGCCGUCGCUUCAAGAAACCGAAGUUGAAGAGUUUGAUCACCGUCGUAGCAAGCUCCUAAACCGACGCCUCGACUUUCGGAUACUCCCAUUAUGUUGUUGGCUAUAUCUUCUAAACUUCCUAGAUAGGGGCAAUAUAGGCAAUGCGAGAGUAUUGAACCAAGAGACUGGAGACGAUCUCCUUCACAAGACCGGAAUGACAAGCACCGGAUAUGCUCUUACGGUAACCCUAUUUUCCGUGGCAUAUACGCUAUUUGAGGUGCCCUCUAAUUGGAUAAUGAAACAUUAUGUGACCCCUUCUAGGUGGUUGGCGAUAUUGUUAGGUAGUUGGGGGUGUUUGACCUUGGGGUUUGCGUUUGUCAAGAAUUACGCUACGGUAUUAGCAUUGCGUCUGCUUAUCGGUGUGUUCGAAGCUGGCUUCUUUCCAGGCAUCGUCUAUCUUAUAACGAUCUGGUAUCGUCAUAAUGAGCGAGCGGUCAGAAUAGCUUAUGUUAUCGCCUUUUGUAACCUGGCUGGAGCUUUCGGAGGAGCCAUUGCCUAUGGAAUGGGUACGAUAAACGGCGCGGCCGGAGUUGAGGGAUUCCGUUGGCUGUUCAUAGUCGAGGGUGUUAUAACUAUCCUCACUGUAUUACCCACCCUGUUUAUUCUCCCCGAUUAUCCAGCUCGCGCCAAAUUUCUUAGCGCAGAAGGAAAGAGCUUCGCAGAAGAUCGCGUCAAAAAUCGAGGAGGUGGAUGGAGUAGACAGCACGCUACACGGAAAGAGAUAUUGGAUACCUUUCUCAGCCCUCGAAUGUUGGCUCACUACUUUGCCUAUGCGGCUAACGUAGUGACUCAAGGCUCGUUUACCUUUUUUGCUCCGAGUAUCGUGUCGGGCCUAGGAUAUCAGAGUAUUCACGCCCAACUAAUGACAGUUCCACCAUGGGUAAUUGGGUUCGUAGUAGCCAUCGCUCUUUCGUACUCGGCAGAUCGAUUCGAAGCUCGUGGCCUCCAUAUUACGGUAAUGUCAACGAUCGGUGGCUUAGGAUGGCUAACAGCUGGGCUGCUACCGCCAACUGCCUACGUUGAGCGAUACGGCUGUCUCUGCUUAGCUGCGGCGGGCGCCUUUCCUUUAGCACCCUCGAUGACGAACUGGGUGACGUGCAACACGCCGAGCUUGUUGACAAUCCCGCUCGCUAUUGCUUUGAAUAACUCAUGUGCUGGCAUAGGACAGAUCAUAUCCCAGUGGAUAUGGAAAGCCGAUGAGGCGAAACUGGGAUAUCCUACUGGGAACUUCGUAUGCGCAGCGUGCGACUUUCUCGUGGCGAUAAUAGCACUCUGUUUGAGGUUAUAUUACGCGAGGAUGAACAAGAAGGGGGUGAGAGACGCACGGGGGGAGACAAGAGUAUGGGCUUAUUAGCUAUAAUGACUAGGUCUCUAUGCCGUUUGCUAGUAAGUAAUUGGACUUUGGGGCCUCACUUUUGCGAUUAUACACUGCCAAAUUUAUCCAACUAGGCUAUUAUACUACCUCUCAUCCAUAGUCGUUAUGAAUAGGAGGCCGCGUUAAUCGCAGCGUCACUAGGAUAUGCUAUACCCGUCAGCGAUUUGGGCCUGGCUGAACAAUUUCGAUCUCUUAAUGGUUAAUAAUGUCUUGGGCCAACUUCCCAACAAAAUGCGCCCAUGAGAAAGGGAAAGACUAUCAUCAAUCUUACGUAAACUCGGACUAUUAUGAUACCCGAAGGGUGUCUUCACGUUUGAAAGACACGGACCUUUAUACCAUGAUUAAUAAUUCCGAUAGGUUAUAGACUCCGCGAUAGGUUAUAGACCGGAGACUUUUAAACUGGAGGCUUUGAAGGCCCUUGCAAUUAAGCUCGUUACCUUUUUGGGGUUAGAGGUCGCGCUGUAAACGGCUUACCCUACAUACCAAAGCAACUAAUCCCCAUGGGCAAUAAGGAUUUUUCAUUAAGGAAUCCGCAUAGGG